AUGAGCACAGGAGAGCUGAAAGUGUUGUUGGUUGAUGCCACCGGACUAAAAGGAGCUGACUAUGUAGGCAUUAUAAGUCCUUAUGUGGUGAUUCAGUACAACAAUCAUGAGCUUAAGAGCAGAACUGCUCAUGAUCAAGGUGGGGAUCCCGUAUGGAAUGAGACAUUCGCAUUCCCGGUGUCCUCCUCACCAGUGGACAAUCCCAUUCAACACAAGCUCAUACUCAGAAUCAUGGACGCUGACACCUACACAGAAGAUGACUUCAUUGGACAGGCAACGGUUCAUCUGGGAAAUGUGAUUGCUUUGGGCACGGAAGAGGGGUUUGCAGAACUAGAACCAGCCAAGUACAGGGUUGUUCUUGAAGAUGAGAGUUACUGUGGUGAGAUAGAAGUUGGUGUCAGGUUUACAACACAGGGUGCUUUAAUCUUUGUCAAGUUUCCAAGAAAACUUGUUGAAGGAUUGGAAACAAGCUAG